AUGCACGGCAGUUUGGAGAUUGGAGAGCGCGAGUUUGAGCGCGAGGAGAAUGCCCGUCGUCAGGUGCGAGCCAAGCUCCUACUGAAGGAAGGCUCGCCACCAAACUGCGGUGCGCAGGGUGAAGAGGCCACACUCCACCCCACCAUCCUGGACCACGAGGGCUCGGGGGAUGGAGCCACCACGUCGUCUGCCGUGUCUUCGAGGCAGAUACCCUUCGCUACGGUCACCGACCAAACCUGUUGGGAGCUCAUCCGCCAAGCGGAGAUGGACGACAGGGCCGAGCGCGUGCGACAGGCCGGCAAACCUGGCCUGAGCCGGGCGCUCACAGAGGCCGCGCUGCUCAACGCAAGACGUGUUUUGCCAUACAGGAAGAUUCUGGAGCCGAAGCCACUGGUCAGCCCGCCUUUGAAAUGGAAAGUUCAGCCAUUUGAGCCACCCAUGGCCUGGGUCGCGGCUUGCCGGACUGGGGAGUUCCACCAGAAGUGA